UGGGACGGUGUAACUGACUUUUUCGUAGCUACGGCAAAAGAAUCGUUGAUUGCAGUCGUCGGGGUCGUCGAUAGUUGUGGUUACUUCCGAUUCAAUUAAGUAAUUUCGAACUUCUGUCGGGUCUGAAUCUGUUUGUUCGCGUUUUAGAUUUACAUAUAAGUCAUCCGAUGGUUUGGUUCUUACCCUGAUAGAGGGAUUCUGGUACAGCUGAACUGCUAAUUGAUGGUUGAAUCCUGAAUCAUUUCAUAAAAAUGCAAUAUUUGGUUGGUAGAGCAAAUGUGAAGAAUAAAGAAAAUGAAGCUACAGCACAGAUUCCAGGGAAGAUAUCAGGGCAGGUACCUAAUCAAGCAGGGUCUCAGUUGCCAGCCUUGAUUCAACCAAAUGUAAAUGCCAUCCCUCAGAUGCCAAAUUUAGGUGUUUUUCCACGUUCAACAAUUAAUAUGGACCCUGAAUUUCUUAGAGCACGUUAUUUUAUUCAAGCUAAGAUAUAUAACAUAAUAUUGCAGCGGUACCAGCAUCCUGUUACAGAUGUACAUAGAAGGAAGCUUAAGGAUCUUGCAAAAUGCCUGGAAGAGGGCAUGUUAAACACUGCUUGCUCUAAGGAGGACUACAUGAACUUGGAUACACUAGAGAGCCGUUUGUCUAAUUUGUUGCGACCAUCAUCUAUGCACAAUCACAACCAACAAUAUCCUCAGCUUGUUAGUUCUUCUCCAGUUGGUACAAUGAUACCAACCUCUGGUAUUUCACAUGUUACAAAUUCAACUACAAUCAUGGCAUCUUCUGUGGAUGCCUCAAUGAUUGCUGCCAGUGGGUGUAAUAGCAUAGCAUCCACAUCUAUCAAUAGUGUAAGCAUGUUACAAGCAGGUGGUGCACUUGGCAGCUGUUUUAAUAAAUCUGAUGGUGUGUCUAAUGGUUACCAGCAGUCUUCUACAAAUUUUUCCGUUGGUUCAGGAGGAAACAUGUCAUCAGUGGGGGUGCAAAGAAUUGCAAGCCAGAUGAUUCCAACUCCUGGAUUUAGUGUCAGCAAUAAUCAUUCAUAUAUAAAUAUAGAUCCUUCAGCAAAUAGCAGUAUUUUUUCUGGUGUUGAUUCUACAUUGGAAUCACAGUCACUGCCACAGCAGAAGCUUCAAGACAGUGACCACAACAGUCAUGCAUUGCACAACCUUGGCACACAAAUGGGUAGUGGAAUGAGAUCUGGGUUACUGCAAAAAUCAUCUUCAUAUCCAAAUGGUUCUAUAAAUAAUGGGCUAGGCUUGACUGCAAACAACAUACAACUUGCAAAUGAACCUGGCACAGAUGACUAUGCUUCAAUGUAUGCUAGUUCCCCUAAACACUUACAGCAGCACUUUGAUCAAAAUCAGGAACCAGUAGUGCAGGGUGACGGAUAUGGAUUGGGAAUUGUUGACACUUUUACCUCUGGAAGCUUCUAUGCAUCUGCAACAUCCUCUGGGUCUAUGAUGAACACACAGAACAUGAAUUCAGUUAAAUUGCCAUCUAUACCCAUUACCAGCUCAUUGAUAAGUGACCACUCAAAUUUGCACAGUAUGCAUCAGACUGCUCAUCAAAAGUCUCAACCAAUUAGUCCUUUGAAAAAUUUAAACUUUCAGUCUUCAUUGGCUUCAAGAGAUGGCCUUGUGCAUACACAUGGGCAAUAUCAGCAAAGACCCCGACAAUGUCAACAAUCAGAGCAAUAUGCUCAAAACCAAUUUCAACUGAAGUUUCAAAGUCAACAACCUCAGCAUUUGUUCAACAGUGAUUCCUUCUCUCAAUCUCAGCUCUCUUCCAAUCUAGACAAUCAAGUAAAUUCCAAAUAUGAAGUUGAACAACAUAAAGAAGUUCCCAAUGCUCAUGUUUCUGAACAGUUCCAUGUAUUUGAGAUGCAGAACCAGCUCCGGCGGAACUCUUCUGAAGAUUGCUCUAAGGUUUCUCAACAUCUUUCAUUCUCCUCUGGUCAGCAUGAUUUAUCCUCACCAACACAUCAAAUUUUGCAACAAAUGCCACAUCAAUUGGUUUCAGAAUCUCAAAAUAAUUUUAGCUGUCUUUCAGUUGGGUCACAAUCCAAAUCAAUACUUCUAAAUCAAUGGCCUCAAUCACAAGAUGAAAACCACAUUCAGAAUAUGUCUCACGAACAGCAUCUCCACAUGAAUUUCCAUCAAAGAAUAUCAGGGCAAGAUGAAACUCAAUGUAAUAAUUUAUCAUCAGAUGGGUCUAUUAUUGGUCAAGCUGUUGCUUCUAAAGGCUCAACUGAGUUGCUAGACUCAAGCAGUACUACAAAGAAGGCACACAGGAAUCAACAGAGGUGGCUUUUAUUUUUACUUCAUGCUCGACGAUGUUCUGCCCCGGAAGGGAGAUGCCAAGAACGCCAUUGUUCUAGUGCGCAAAAGUUAUGUAAUCACAUAAAUGGUUGCACUGUACCUCAUUGUCCGUAUCCUCGUUGUCAUCAUACCAGGAAAUUGCUUCAUCAUUUCAUAAAAUGCAAGAAUCCUUGUUGCCCUGUUUGUGCUUUUGUAAGAAUGUAUAGGCGUAAAUUCCAACUUAAGGCUCAGAUUCAACCUGAUCCUGAAUCAUGUUUGCCAAUUGCUUUAAAUGGAUCCUGUAAGUCCCAUAAUAUGGUAGGUCUAUCACCUAGAUUGAUCUCAAAAUCUCCUUUAGUGGUUGAAGCUUCAGAAGACCUACCAUCUCUAAAACGUAUGAAAACUGACCAGUGCACCCAGUCCAUUAAUCCUGAAUAUGACAAUGCAUCUCCGUAUGUUCCUUUGAAGUGUGAAUCACAAGACUCAAAGGAUACUCGGUGCCAAGUCUAUCCCUGUGGUGAUAUGUCUAUAUCAAGCAAAUCUGAGCUUACAGAAAUUAAAGCAGAAGUUCUGGUACAUUCAGUUCAUGAAAAUCUUAGUGAGGCAAAAAUGGACGAGCACAAAGCAGAUGAUAAAAGGCUUGCUGGUGAGCCUGUCAAAUAUAAUGAGGCAACUAAUACAGCUAGGCCAGAUAAUAUUAAAACUGAGAAAGAAACCAGACAUGAUAAGCAAGAAAAUGUGACCCAGCCAUCUGAACAUCCAGCUGGAACCAAGUCUGGUAAGCCAGAAAUAAAGGGGGUCUCAUUGACUGAACUGUUUACUCCUGAGCAAGUCAGGGAACAUAUCACUGGCCUCAGGCAAUGGGUUGGCCAAAGCAAAUCAAAAGCAGAGAAGAAUCAAGCAAUGGAGCAUUCGAUGAGUGAGAACUCCUGUCAAUUGUGUGCUGUAGAGAAGCUUACUUUUGAACCACCUCCUAUUUAUUGCACAACAUGUGGUGUUCGAAUUAAACGAAAUAAUAUGUAUUAUAUCAUGGGUACUGGUGACACACGACAUUUUUUUUGUAUUCCAUGCUACAAUGAGCCUCGUGGAGACACUAUUGUCGUUGAUGGGACUCCCUUUCCUAAGUCGAGGUUGGAAAAGAAGAAAAAUGAUGAGGAAACAGAGGAAUGGUGGGUUCAAUGUGAUAAAUGUGAAGCAUGGCAACAUCAAAUUUGUGCUUUAUUUAAUGGCCGAAGAAAUGAUGGUGGACAAGCUGAAUACACUUGUCCUAACUGCUAUAUUGAAGAAGUAGAAAGAGGUGAGCGCAAACCCUUGCCCCAAAGUGCUGUUCUUGGAGCCAAGGAUUUGCCGAGAACAGUUCUAAGUGACCACAUAGAGCAACGAUUAUUUAGGCAACUAAAGCAAGAAAGACAAGAUAGGGCUCAGCUUCAAGGGAAAAAUUAUGAUGAGGUGCCUGGAGCUGAAGCCCUUGUUAUAAGAGUUGUGUCAUCUGUUGACAAGAAGUUAGAAGUUAAACAGCGGUUUUUGGAGAUUUUUCAGGAAGAAAAUUACCCAACAGAAUUCCCAUAUAAAUCAAAGGUAAUUUUGUUGUUUCAGAAGAUUCAAGGUGUGGAAGUAUGCCUUUUUGGCAUGUAUGUUCAAGAAUUUGGAUCUGAAUGCCAAUUUCCUAACCAACGUCGGGUUUAUCUUUCAUAUUUGGACUCUGUAAAAUAUUUUAGGCCUGAGGUUAAAGCAGUGACUGGAGAGGCUCUUCGGACAUUUGUUUACCAUGAAAUUCUGAUCGGAUACCUUGAGUAUUGCAAGAAACGCGGUUUUACAAGCUGCUACAUAUGGGCAUGUCCUCCAUUAAAGGGUGAAGAUUAUAUUUUAUAUUGUCAUCCAGAAAUUCAGAAAACACCAAAAUCUGAUAAGCUUAGGGAAUGGUACUUGUCCAUGUUAAGAAAAGCUGCCAAGGAGAAUAUUGUGGUCGAUCUCACCAACUUAUACGAUCAUUUCUUUGUAUCUUCUGGUGAAUGUAGGGCUAAGGUUACAGCUGCAAGGCUCCCAUAUUUUGAUGGUGACUACUGGCCUGGGGCUGCAGAGGAUUUGAUUUAUCAGCUUCACCAAGAGGAAGAUGGAAGGAAACAAAAUAAGAAAGGAACAACUAAGAAAACUAUAACAAAAAGGGCUUUAAAAGCAUCUGGUCAGUCAGAUCUUUCUGGAAAUGCCUCAAAAGAUCGUCUCCUAAUGCACAAACUUGGUGAAACCAUUUGCCCAAUGAAGGAAGAUUUUAUCAUGGUUCAUUUGCAGAAUGCAUGCACUCAUUGUUGUAUUCUAAUGGUGUCCGGCAACCGUUGGGUAUGCGGCCAGUGCAAGAAUUUUCAGAUUUGUGAUAAGUGUUAUGAAGCAGAAGUAAAGCAUGAAGAGAGAGAACGGCAUCCUAUUAACUCGAGAGAGAAACACACCCUUUAUCUUGUAGAAAUUACUGAUGUACCUGCUGAUACAAAGGACAAAGACGAGAUUCUUGAGAGUGAAUUCUUUGACACUAGGCAGGCAUUUCUGAGUCUCUGCCAGGGCAAUCAUUAUCAGUACGAUACGCUAAGGCGGGCCAAGCAUUCAUCAAUGAUGAUUCUCUAUCAUCUUCAUAAUCCAACUGCUCCUGCAUUUGUUACAACAUGUAAUAUUUGCCGUCUUGACAUAGAAACUGGUCAAGGUUGGCGUUGUGAAGUUUGCCCUGAAUAUGAUGUGUGCAAUGCUUGUUAUCUAAAGGAUGGGGGCACUGAUCAUCCUCAUAAAUUGACAAAUCAUCCAUCAAUGGCAGAUCGUGAUGCUCAGAACAAAGAAGCAAGACAACUUCGAGUAUUACAGCUACGAAAAAUGCUUGAUCUUCUUGUGCAUGCAUCCCAAUGUCGAUCUGCCCAUUGCCAAUAUCCAAAUUGUCGCAAAGUGAAGGGGCUUUUCCGUCAUGGGAUGCAUUGCAAAACACGUGUUUCUGGGGGUUGUGUUCUUUGCAAGAAAAUGUGGUAUUUGCUUCAACUUCAUGCUCGUGCUUGCAAGGAAUCUGAGUGCCAUGUGCCACGAUGCAGAGAUUUAAAAGAACACUUGAGGAGGUUGCAACAACAGUCUGAUUCACGGCGAAGAGCUGCUGUAAUGGAGAUGAUGAGACAGAGAGCUGCAGAAGUUGCCAACAAUGCUGGAUGAGCAUUUUGGGCGUGAAGAAAUGGGAUAUUUUGGAAAAAUGCUCCUGACAAAGACAUUGGCAUUGCCCAUGCUCCACUUAGACAGUGCCGGAAACCAUGCAAUGAAAAGCUGUGUAUGGAUGGUUUAUUUGAUUGGAAGGCAUUCUGUCAUUCAUGGAGAUUUGCUUGUCUAUCUCCAUGGCAUGAUUGUCCCCAUAAGGAUCUGAGUUCCACCAAUUAAUGAUACACAAAGGACUAACCGGGUCCAGCUUGAUAUAUCGGUGGUGAGUCUGUACGCGGGUCGAUUUGAUGAUUCUUUUGAUUUUGUCGGCUUCUCCCAUCAUGUCUAAUGUUAAUUGUGUGACAAAUGUAUUAUAGUCCUAAAUUGUUUAUAAUAUAUCUUACUUCGAGUGUGGGGAGGGAGGUAUCAAUACGCAUUUGGUCCUCCUUUCCGAUGGACUUUUCUUGUAGCAUCUUUUUAUUUAAAGAUGAAAGAAAUAAUUUGUAGUUACAGAAAUUCGUGGUAGUAUCUGUUGUCUCUUGCGAGGUUAUCAAUUUUAUGUUCCUGGAUUAUUUACUAUUUUGAUUUUAAAUUAAUUUUAUUUUGUUCAAAAUGU